AGUGUGUGUGAUUUUCGGAAAUCCUUUCUUAAAUCUUGCGUUAAUUUUACCAUGACUGAGUUAUAAAAGUUUCGUGUUUUUAUUAUUAAAACAAAGCAAAAGGCGAGAUUGAUCGGUGAGUGUGUCAUCGCAUUUUGCAGCGGCCGUGCUCGUUUCGACAGAUCGGCCGUUUAACAUGGCGUUGGUCAACGACAUGUGCGGAUGAAUUGCUUUAUUCUUUGUCGUGUUCAUUUCUUUUACCGAGUGUUUAUACAGUGUUUUUAGUAGACAAUCGUGUAUGUAACUGUGUUUGUGAGUUACAUAACGAAUUUAUGGGGUUUGGGUGUAAGUUGACGGGAGUGAAAUAAGUAACGGCGAUGGUGAAGACUCGCCGCAGUAAUGGAGAAAACGGGGAGGUGGAGGAAGGGAACGAGGGCCUGAACGACGGCGGCAGUGUCUCUGACGAGAAGGCUUCCAAUUGGUCACAAAGGGAGCUGAGGAGUGGCCAGUUUAAAGUGACAAGGAAAAUACAACACUGGCCCACCAAGAAAUAUAGCAGAAGACGUCGCACUAUAAAAAUGCCUCGUAUUGUGUUUCCGGAGAGUGAUACAGAGCCAGAAAAAUAUUCUAGACGUUCGCGUCAAGUUAGGGUGUUCUUCGCAGACGACAAUGAUUCCACCAAUCGGAGUCUCCGCAUUCACAACAGCCGGACCCCGAGAAAGAACUACAUGGAGGAUAGCGAAGACAAACCUAUACAACAAAACGUCAGAAGAAGCUGCCGCAAGCGCAAGCUGCUGCAUCACAACUUCAACGAGAGCUGGAUCACCAACGAGCUGAAGGUCAAGGGGUACCCGGACUUGUACGGGUUUCCCGGGUCGAGUUCCUCUGAUGAGUUCACUUCGGGAGAUGAGGCGACCAGGGUCUCUAGCAAGAAAAUGGUGUCUGUUGGACAGUCUCACAGCAUCCCGCCUCCGACAAACACAGAUGAAGAUACACAGUUGUCGCGCCAGAGAAGGACCUCGGCUAGAUUCAACAAAAAGGCUAACGAUGCCACAGAAUCAGAUUCGGAUGCGGAUAACAACCAGACAGUGAUAGAAAAGAAGCCACCUGCGGAUGAAGAUGAGAAUGCGAAUAUGGACACGAGUGAAGUCAAGAAGGAGGAGGCAUCCGAGCCGGCAGAAAACGGACAGGAUAGUGAGAGCAAUCAAGGCCCCGCUCGAUCCACCAGAGGGCGCGGUCGGCGCAGGCAAAAGAAAGAGGAUAGCCAACAAGACACAGUGACGGAGUCCUCAUCGGAGUCCAGCUCGGAGCUGACGCUGCGGCGCGCCCCGCGGCGCUCCACGCGCUCGCGGCAGCCCAAGCCAGCCUUCGUGCAGAUCGCUCAGCGGGAGACGCGCGGCCGAGCAAAAACGUUUACGAUACGGAAGAAGCCUUACUGCCUCCGAGAGAGGAAACCCAAAAUCCUUCGUAGGAAAACUAUCAGAUCUCAAUCCCCGUCGAGCAGCAGCAGUAGCACAAUGAGCUCGGACACGGACGAGGACCUUAACGUCACCAUGAAGAAGAAGACCAAGGGCAGACAAAAAUCCAAAUCAACAGACGACAAGAAAGAUGACAGAGCACUAAGAGACAUACAACCUGUGGAAGUCGAUGGAAGCGUCAGAUUCUCAUCCGUCGGAGGUUUAGAAGAGCACAUAAAAUGCCUCCGCGAAAUGGUCCUCUUCCCCUUAAUGUACCCAGACCUGUUCAGCAAGUUCAACACGAGACCAGCCAAAGGGGUCCUAUUCCAUGGACCGCCGGGCACGGGCAAAACUCUACUGGCUAGAGCGUUGGCGAAUGAAUGCAGUUUAGUAGGAGGGAGAAAGGUGGCAUUCUUUAUGAGAAAAGGAGCGGAUUGUUUGAAGAAAUGGGUGGGGGAGAGUGAGAGGCAUUUGAAGCUGCUGUUCCAACAGGCAAGUAAGAUGAAGCCGUCCAUAAUAUUCUUCGAUGAGAUCGAUGCGUUGGCGCCGGUACGGAGUGUCCGACAGGAUCAAGUUCACGCCAGCGUCGUGGGCACCCUGCUUGCAGAGAUGGACGGAUUGUGUGACAGAGGCGAAGUGAUAAUAAUCGGCGCGACCAACCGUCUGGACGCCGUAGACCCGGCGCUCCGCCGCGCGGGCCGUUUCGACCGAGAACUACACUUCCCUCCGCCUCACGCCGCCGCUAGGAGGGAGAUCUUAGACAUCUACACUAGUCACUGGAGGCCUAAGCCUUCGGAUGAGACGCUGGAUCAUUUGGCGCAGGUCGCUAGCGGCUAUGGAGGUUCGGAUUUGAAGGCGUUAUGUUCGGAAGCAGUAUUAAAAGCAUUACGGAGAGUGUAUCCACAAGUGUACGAAAGUGAAUACGCGUUACUAAUAGACACCAAAAAUGUGGAAGUAACUCAAGAAGAUUUACUCCAAGCCAUGCAGUCCCUGGUAGCAGCGGGUGCCCGAACCAGCCCCCUACCAGCGAAACGGUUACCGUCACACGCGGCGCCCCUACUACAAGCUCAGAUACAGGCCGCCGGCGAGCUUAUGAACAACGUCUUCGUACAUGAGAAGAAGAUCGGCGACGUCCCCCUAUCUCCAAGCGUGCUCCUAAUCAGCGGGGAAUGUGCAGAAACUCACAUAGCACCUGCAUUGCUAGCUCAGUUGGAGCACUGUACGGUGAAGGAGCUCAGUAUGAGCACGUUGCACUCCGUACACGCGUUCACACAAGAACAGGCGCUGAUCACUCUAUUCUCCGAAUGCCGACGCGCCGACCGCGGUUGCGUGCUCUUCCUUCGCGACUGUGCCGGAGUCUGGGCCAUGUUGGGAGCAACAGGCGCAGCGUUAUUUGCUCAACUAUGGAGGACCAGAGCCGCUGGAGACGCUACUCUUUUGCUGGCUACUUCUAAUGUACCACAUAAAGAUCUACCGCUAGAGGUUCAAGACCUUUUCCCCGUCUACAAAGACUGCGUAUACUCCGUACGGGAACCGAGCGCUUCCGAAGUUAUCGCGUUCUUAAAGCCGAUCAUCACCGAAAUUCCGUUGGAACCGCCCGUCAUAGAGAAUCAUGAGCCGCCGCCUCCGCUGCCGAGAGCGCCUCCGCCGCCGCCGCCCCGUGAGACCGAAGAGCAGAUAUCCCGUCGCAAGCGCAAGGAAGACUACAAACUACGCGAGCUGAGGAUAUUCCUGCGGGACAUCUGCAGGAAGCUGGCUUCCAACCGACGCUUCUACAAGUUCACUAAACCCGUGGACCUGGAGGAGGUGACAGACUACCUGGAGAUCGUGAAGCAGCCCAUGGACCUGGAGUCGAUGAUGACCAAGGUGGACAUGCACAAGUACAACUGCGCGAAGGAGUUUCUCGAGGACAUAGACUUGAUAUGCGCCAACGCGCUCGAGUAUAACCCGGACAAAACGUCAUCAGACAAGCAGAUUCGUCACGAAGCCUGCUCGCUACGCGACCACGCGCACGCUUUGAUCGACGUCGAAAUGGAUAGCGAUUUUGAGCUCGAGUGUCAAGAUAUAGCGAGGAGAAGAAAGGAUGAGGGGACGGCGGCUGAUAACGAUCUGCCGGACUUUAUAUACACAGCUUCUAAUCUACAUGUGUCCGCGAAUCUAGACUGCACGGGCGACACCAAGUCUCCUCACACGCCCGGCCCGGAGCGAGACAGCGUCAAGCGUAAACGGCGUCGCAUGAACGCGUGGUCCAAGGGACUCGUCGUGAAGCGACAGAAGACGCAGAAGACCUUCAAAGAAACUGUAAUGAUAACCGACGAGGAGAGUAAAGAGAACAAGCCGAUCACAUCAACGCCGAUGACGAACGGUGCGUCGACGUCAGGUUCUGACGAUGAUGCGCCGCUGAGGCGGCCACGGGACGACUCCGUGUUCAAUCUGUCUGCGCAGGGCGUUCACAACCACGUGCUAGAGAGUCCGGCAAAGUCAACAGAGAAAGUGACUUCAAAAUCAUCACCAAAGAAAAGAAAUUCGGGGCACGAGACUUCGAGUAGAGACGCGGACAAAGUACUGAUAAACAAGACUGAAUUAGAUAACCUCCUAUAUAAGAACGCGAAGUCGCUCCGGCUGAUCGGGCUCUGCGCACUUCUCGACUUGCACGCGCAGCUGUCGUCCGUCGUUCGCCGCUACAUAGACCGCGCGGACCGCUCCAAGCUGCCGGCCGACUUGCAGGCCGUGGUCGCGCGGUACGUGCACAUAGCGAGGAAGUGAGCCGUCGGGUUCUGUUGCUGGUUGUGUGAGUGACUUUUUGAAUAGAAAAUGCAGUGGCGUGCAGCGUAACGUCGAGCGUCAAAUUGCGUUUGAGCAGCGUUUUAGACCGUCUUUAACCUUUUGAACGUUCUGACCCAUACAUAAAAACAUUAAACCCUAUGUUACCGGGCGCAAGCGAGGUGGUGGUAUGACUUGAAAGUGGACACUGCAGCUAUAAUUGCUAGCUGCUGUGAGCACGACUAGUAACGACACUAAACACUAAAGGCAUUCUUGUUCUUGGCGUUCAAAAUGUUAAGAGCCGCUCCCGAGCAUCCGCUAGCCUGUUCGCAUGCCCUUGGGUUGGGGUUGGUUCGCUUGCUAAGCCUCAGCGUCGAGCGUCAGUGGAAGCGUUCACUUGGUUAAUGUUGACGCCUCGCGCUUGAGCGCCUGUUUAAUAUUGCGCUAACGAUGUCAUCGAUUCGUGUGAUAUGGUGUGUAUACUCAACAGUGUUAGCAAAAUUAAAGUGAUUGGAAAAUCGUAUUAUAAUGUAAAAUUUGUCAUUUGCCGCGUGGUUAUUUUCAGUGCGACGUGCGUUAUGUCAGUUCAGUGGUAUUUGAAAAGAAACCUGUGUUUUGCUUCCGCAAACUUAGGUUCGCCAGUAUGAAUAAUCAAACGAUUAUUACAUGAAAGGAAGGAUUGGUAACAUUUUCAUGAAUAUUAGGCAGUUAAUUUCAAUGUUAGUGGUCAUACAUACACAUGACAUACAAAAGAACACCGUAAUAACCGAAAAUUUAACUUUGGAACUUUGUACCAAAGUACACAUGAGCGUGCAGUUAUAACUAUCAAAUAUAAGUUGUAUGUAUGUAUGUGAAGUAUUUCAAAAUUUCACUGCCAUUUGAAUUUAAUAUUUUUAAGACGAAUGCCACGCUUUAAAGUCACAUGUAAUUGUAAAUAUUAAAAUUAUACCUAUGCCUUAUUUUAGACAUUGGGUUGAAUUUAGAACUUCAAAUUCUGCGGUGAUUAUCAAUUUAUCACCCUUCAUUAAAAGGUCUUUUAACACAAUAAUGGCAACAGGACUGAGCAUUUUUUAGGAAACGAACUUUAAUAUGUACGUAAGAGUUUAUAUCGAAUGUCAUUGAGGUUGUAAUUUAUUGGAGCCGUAAGGUUGUCGAAGA